AUGACCACGUUCAAGUGGCUGGUCCUCGCGAUUGCGGCGACAGGCGCCGUCGCGCGCCCGGCGCGCCCAACACCCGUCCAGAUGCCGUUUGGAAUGAGGCCCAUGACCCCAGAAGAGAUGGACAUGGAGACUGACGGAGGGCGAGAUGGGUCGUCGCCCGAGAAGAAGGCCGAGAUGGCCAAGCUGCUCAAUCGAUGGGCACCCGUGUUCAAGAUGUGCUCUACCGAGAGGUAUUACCCCAGUUCUGUCGACUUUAUGCUGGAGCACUAUAACUUUGUGGAGUACAACAAUGGCACGACCAUCAGGCCAGGCCACGAUGUCCUCUCUGUCUCUGGCCUGGAUCGACUGUGGAAACACGGCGUGAACCAGUCCCUUUCCGUGGACCAGGAGUGCAACGGCCAGCCGCUCAUGCCCCAGGGCAGCGAGUUUCUCUACGGCCCGGCAGGGCAAGAGGGCGCGAUGGUGUAUGCCGAGGAUGGACGCGGCCGCGUCUUUGACGAUGUGUACGGGAUCUGGGUGGACCAGGGACACGGCGUAGUGGAUCUCUGGUACUGGACGUGGGUGUCCAACGCGGAAGGUUCUGACCCAUCAGGUUUUAUCCCUACAAUCUGGGCAAGGAGGUCGGGACUCUGGGGUGGCUGGGCAAUCACUGGGAGGACGUUCCGCUGGCACGACGUCGAGCGCACCGCGGACAAUCGCCCGAUUGCAUACGUCGCGUCUGGAAGCCACGGUGUGUGGCCCACUCCCGGAAAGCACGUGUAUGCGCAGCUGCUCAACCUGUGGGCUCUUGUCGACGUCACGGACGACUAUGGUGCGAUUUGGGAUACGCAAGGCCAUGUUGUCCCUGCAGAGUUCUGGUCGCCCGAGACGACCAAAAAAGUUCACCACACUGGCGACGAGUCUUGGCUCGAGUACACGGGGAAAUGGGGCAACCGUGGGCACAGCUCGUGCUGGUGGCACUUUUUCGUCGGCAUCUGCCAACUCCUUGACGGCCCACCUGGCCCCAAUCGCAAGUUUGGCUAUCCCACAGACUGCAUCAUGGGCGAAGCGACACAGCAGAUGUCCACCUAUUCCUUCUUCCUCUCUCGCAAGGUCAUUGAGCAGGCCGAGAUCCUCAACGUGACGACAAUCGUUGUGGAGCAAGUGUGCGCCCGGCCGAACAUUGCCAGCCAGGCGUGGGCCGAGACGCUCACAUACGACGACCUCGAGAUCUGGCCCAUGAGCUCGGAGAUUGCGUACCGCGGUGCGGACCAGUACCGGACCACCAUGGCGCCCUGCGACGGGUCGCGCAGCGCCGCAAAGGCCUACCGCCUGGUCAUGAGGGACCGGGACGGCGACCACGUGAGCACGUCGCCCGUCCGCGUCCUGUGUAUCUUUGAGGAGGGCCGAGACGGGUGGAUCCCAAGCAGCGCCGCCAAAGUCGAGGACCUGGACGAGUGGCGGUGGAACCUCUUCCUGGAGCACCCAAAGCCCGAACCGCCAAAGGAGACAGAUCCAAUCAACAACCCGGCGUGA